CACUCACUCACAGUUGAAAUAUAUUUGCCAAGAAUAAUAAUAGAAAAACAAGCAAGAUCUUCUGCUGUUUGGUCCAGAGGAGAGCCGGUGCACGUUUUAGAUGUAUAUUUGCAGUACACCUGAUUACAUCUUGGAAACAUGAUGGGACGUUCAGUUCUUAAGUUAAUUACACAAACACAAACACAACGCACGCACACACACACACAUAAUCACAAACACACUCACUUUCUCUCUCUCUCUCACACACACACACACACACACACACACACACACACACACACACACACACACACACACACACACACAGUUUAAAUAGUCGCAGAUUAUUUACAUGUGUAUAUCAUCAAACCCUCAAAGAACAUUCAGUUCUUUAGUUAAACACACCCACUGACACACCCACACAUAUACACACUGUUUAUAAAGUUUCAGAACUUUACCAAGAACAUACAGGGAUACAGACACAAUAUCUAAUAGUGUUUGGUCCAGAAAAGAGCAUGUGGAGCAUCUUUUCCUCUCCAGACACCUCACAGGCAGUCAUGCUCUCUAAAUUUGCCACCAUGGCUGGGGUUACUGCUCACAAGAUCAGCAAACACAUCACCUUCUUCAUAAAUGACAUUGCAGGGACUCCUGCCUCUGCCUUUCCACCUGGUCAGCCUAAACCUGUGUUACUGUUGAUGCCGUGGCUGGGCUCCAAACCGCAUGCCAUUGCAAAGUACUGUGAGAUUUACUUUCGCACUGGCUUUGAUGUGCUCGUCGUGGAAAGUGAGAUAAGCCAGUUCCUGUGGCCUCGCUGGGGGCUGGAGUACGGUGGCCAUGUGCUGGAGUUAUUAGAGAGUGAGCGCUUCUCUCAGCGCCCCCUUCUGGUCCAUGCCUUCUCCAUAGGGGGAUACACAUUCUGUCAGGUGCUCAUUCAUGUGGCCAAAGACACCCAGCGUUAUCAAGGCCUGACAAACAGGAUCAGAGGUCAAAUCUACGACAGCCUUGUCAUUGGUUCACUGGAGCAUAUGGCCGUUGGAUUGGGUAAGACAAUGUUCCCUCGGUUGGAAGGUCUCGUGAGGAGGGCCAGCCUACUGUACUUCCGUGCCUUUGAACACCAGACAGUCGACUAUUUCAACACUGGAAUCAAUGUGUUCAGGAACACUCCUUUGAUGGCGCCUGCUCUUUUUUUCUUCUCGGAGAACGAUGCACUGUGCGACUACCAGAGCUUGGAGAAUGUGGUGGAUUUUUGGAGGAAUCGAGGCAUAAUUGUGGAGAGCAAGAAAUGGAAGAAGUCUAUUCAUGCAGGUCAUCUGCGUACUCACCCUCAGGAAUACCUGUCCACCCUGGAGAACUUUGUGCAGUCCCUCAACAUGGUGCCUCUGAAGGCCAAAAUGUGAAUGUAGGAUUCUGACUUUCACUCGAAACCUUUAAGGAAUAGUUCACCCCAAAAUGAUUUACUCGCCCUGUAGUGUUGCACCAAAACUGUAUGACUUUGUCAAAUCUUCAGAUGUCUUUGCCCUAUAAUGAAUGUGAAUAGUGACUCCGAGCUAUCCAUUUCCAAAAAGGAAAAAGCAAAUAAACCAUAAAACCUCAGUAAAAGUAGGACUUGUGCACUUUAUUCCAAGUCUUCUGAAGCCAUACAAUCAGAAUGGAAUCCUUAUUUUUGGGUGAACUGUCCCUUUAAACAUCAAGUUAGCCCGAAGUGCCUGAUUUUAUUUCUAAAUAAAUGUUAGUAUUUUAUGUUCUUGUUUCAAAUGGUACUAGAUCAGCUUGCCGCAGUCUGGCAAUAUUGGAGUGUUCGUCAACCCUCUCCAGUCUUUCCAAAUAUAUGCAUUAACUACAUACUAUCAUUUCCAUCCAAAUACACAUAUAUCCUGUCUACAAGAGGAAUCUGAAUGAAUGACGACCAUAGCACUGUUGAUGAAUUAAUAAUGAAUUAUUGUACUUUAUACAGUCUAUGGACACUUAUCCUUUUGGUUGAUUGCACUUGUAAAGAAGCUGCUGUUUAAGAAGUGUAUAAAGGUCAGAGCUUCUUUUGUAAUACAUGAGUUUAUACAAUCAUUUUGUAUUAGAUGUUUGUUGUAAACACUUCAUAAAAGAACAGCUUUAACAGAAGGUGUUUAAAAGACCCGUUUGUAAUAAAUCACACUAAAUGGUCUGCACUUAUAAAGUGCCUUUUUAACCUUAUUCAAAGCACUUUACACUGUGACUCAUUCACCCAUUCACACACACACUGAUUCACACUCAUACACCAAUGAUAGCAGAGAUGCCACGCAAGGUGCUAGCUUGCCAUUGGGAGCAACUUGGGGUUCAGUGUCUUGCCCAAGGACACUUCGGUAUGUGGAGUCACGUGGGCCGGGAAUCAAACCGCCAAACCUGCGAUUAAUGGCCAACCCGCUCUACCACCUGAGCCACUCAUCAUCAAAAUCAUCAAUUAUGUUAGAUGUUGCUAUUAGCUUGAAUACACUUGGGUAAUUUAUAUGUAUCUAAAUGGUAACUUUAGCAGUACCUCUAACCACUCUUUCCGUGGCAAAGAUGACUUGACAUUAUUUCCAAACGUAGAAACAAGUGUACAAUACAAGUCUAUAACAAAACUUAAGAUUUUACAAUGUACUUUUUGACACAAUCGUGGUAAUCCUAUGCACUUGUUGUGGUUGUAACAGAUUUGGAUGAAAUACAGGUGGAUUAAGUAUGAAGAAAGGAAUUUAUUUUGUUCAUACAAUAAUGUUUUUUGUUGUUUUGCAAAAGUCUUAGCCUGUCUUGUGACUUCAGAAAUUCAUGUUGCAUGUAGAAAAAUGGGCGGGAAUGUGGUGAAAUAAAUAAUUUUUGUUUAGAGUCUAAAGGAAAACCAUAUGUUCAAUUAAACAGUGUUACAGUACUGGUUAAAGAUGUAGUUGUGUUGGUUGUCAUGCAUCUAAUAGGUUGCUUUUCAGUAACUGCAAGUUUAUUAAACUAUAGUACGUUGCCUCAGGAUUCCACGUAGAACCCUGAAAAAACAAUGUCCAUCACUGGUGACUUGUGUCACUUGGUGCCAUUUCUAGAAGUGGGCAAAGGGUCGGCCAUGUUUUUCUGUAUUUUCAAUCAAUGUGAAGUGUUAUGGGAAGGUCAUUCACACAUUGCAAGGAUGCUGUGGAUAUACUGGGAUGCUUAUUUGAUUUGGCAGCACACUUUGAUUCUUGUGAAGUUACAGAGGGCAGCGAAAGUACAUAAAAUGCCUCCGACUGGCCAUUUUUGCACACAAAAUAAUAAGGCCUUCCCUGAUGUUUCAGGAACAGAACAGACUACAGCAUAUUUCAUGUAAAAGUUCAAUGCAUUUCAUUACUUAAUGUACUGCGCCCCUGUAGAGCUGUUACACAGUUUAUGGGUUCGGCAAUGGUGCACAAACAUGAAAUUGAAAAUUAUUAUAAUUACAAUCAGAAGCUAGAACUAAUGGUCAGGGUUUGACUCAUUAAGGGAUGGAUACGAACCAGAAUUAAAGGGAUAAUUUAGGGUUGCACUGCUGUGCAAGUACAUUGUGAAUAGACAGUGAGAUGCAAUUUGAACGUGUAUUGGGAAAGUUAUAAUCGCAUCAAACUGCUUGUCAAACCCUCGCCUCCUGUAUUUUACUUUCAGGACAGAACUGUCAACCUUGCUGUUUGGGGGACUUAUGGCAAUUUUCCACGGCGUGUUACGGUUCGACUCGCCUCAACUCGACUCGCUUUACUUUUCUAAGCUUGCAUUUCCACUGCAGUUUAGUGCCAUCUCAACAUGGGUGGGAUUGUAGGCUGAUCGUCAUAGUUACUCCGCCUCUACUGCCGUGACAUCAUCUUAAACAUGACUGUUAGCUGUUAGCGACUAGCUCAUUGUGCUGCAUAAAGCAGUUGUUGCGUGGGUUCAAUUGGUCUGGUUGUUUUAGAAGCUUCCAGUAGCUGCUCAACUAAAUAAAGUGAAGCUUUCUAACAGAGUAUAGAGUUAACGUAACAAAACGCCCCAUCCUCCAUCGUGGAUCAACGCCAGUCCAGCGCACUCUCCCUCCCAUUGCUCGCCGGUCUAGAUAGCGUCCAUUUGGUUGAACCACUUCCACUUUUCCUUGAUGGUUCUGUGGUCACUUUUAAGUGUUUUUUCUUUCCCCUACACUGUUGGUCAUAAUCAGAAUCAGAAAAAGCUUUAUUGCCAAGUAAGUUUUUUAUGCAUACAUGGAAUUUGUUUUGUGCGUGUCACACAAUCUCUAAAUAUAUGAAACAAGUUAAAAUAUAAAUAUGUCCACACAGUAUCAAUUAAAAGUAAGAAUCAAAUAAGAGAGAGCUGAGUAGUACAGUGGAAUGUAGAGCCAGAGGUGGAGUGUGGAGAGUGUCAGGGUGUUUACCGGGCAUUGUUGAUAAGGCAAGUGGCGGAUGGGAAGAAACUGUUCUUGUGGCAUGAGGUUUUUGUUCUGAUAUGACACUGCUAUCGCUGUCGCUAACUUUAAAACUAGCGGGUUGAUGUCGUGUGUCGGAAAUCCAGUGACGCCUGUAGUGACGAUUCUCCCUGACCAAUCAGUGAUCUGAAGGAUUUUGAUGUCACAUUUAGUAUCGGCUCGGCUCACUUGGAACCUCGACUGAGGUGGUGCUAAAAAAGUAUCAGGUACCAGCUGCUAUCCACAGUGGAAAACCCCAAAAAAGCGAGAAGAGUCGAGUUGUACCGUGCAGUGGAAAAGCCCCAUUAGAUCUCUGUCUUAGUGAGUAUUGGUGACUAACUUCAGUACUAACACACACAUACACUCAAGAACACAUUUGAGCCUAUUUUCAAUGCUAUAGCACACAAUACUAAACUGGGCAUUUUUUAAUAAAUUAAUAAAAAGUUAAACAUUUAGGUUUAUUUUUCAUUCAAUUUUGUUCUAGAUAAGUUUCAUUCAAUUUAAAAAAAUGUUUUUAAUUUUGCACCAAAAAUUUAUAAAAAUUUUAGUAAUGGUAAUUAUUGGGGUAUUCCGACAAGUUGGUGCCGUAAGUCCCCGAUGCAAGUUAUGGUAUUUUUAUUAAUGAUUCAUUUCUAACCAAUUACAUUUUCAAUAUGCUUGUUUAAAAAGAAUGAAGACUUUUGAUAGUAUCAAGCAAUGCUUUGGGCCUAAAAGUCAAACUUUAAAUAAUAUAAAUAAUUGUAAUUUAUUGGACUAAUGUCAUUUCCCAAUGUCCCCAGAGUUGCUUCUGAAUCAUCUUUGGAAAAAAUUUGGGCUAAACAAUUACAUUUCUGUUUAUAUAUACUGUUAUAUUUAUGUAUUAAUUUGUUGUAAUUUGGUAAAUGUGCCAUUAACAUUGAAAGUGGAUGAUUUUAUGUAUGCAUUGACUUACAUGUCAUGAUACUAUAAACUUUAAUCAAUGAUCUAUUAUAUAAAACAAUGUCAAGCCACUCAGCGAGAGCUGGAGUUAUCUGAAAUGUGUACCUCUUUUGUUUUACUAAUGUCAUAUAUGGUCAAACAAUGUGUUUUUAUUAGUCAUUUUAAAAUGUCAAUAUAUUUGUCAACAAAAAUAAAUUGA